GAAAUUGGCUGCGACAAAAAAAAAAAGAAGUUUGUCUAAACAGGACUCCGUAGUUUUGCCAGCAGUGAAGAGAAAACAUGGCGGCUACUCUGGCCAGGAGGCUUUCUGGGCUGCUGAGGCCGCUUUCUGCCUCUCUAUGUGCCAGGACACCCCAGCUAUGUCAGCUUUCCAGCCUCACCCAACCCUCGCCUCUCUACACCUCCGCAGCAGGCGCUUUCUGCGCUCCUCUGCGGGCUGCGGCGAGUCAAACAUCUCGGUACAACAUCCUGCAACGGGUGGCAGUACUCCUUCCCAGUGUGACUCAGCAUCCAAGCAGGAGUCUGACGUACUUCAGUCUGAAGAAGGGGAAGAGGAAAUCUGUAAAACCUGUUGUAAAAAGGUUUAUGAGGCUACACUGUGGCCUCUGGAUCAGACGCAAGGCUGGAUACAAGAAAAAACUGUGGAAGAAGAAACCUGCAAGACGAAAGCGCCUGAGGGAACAUGUAUUCUGUAACAAAACACAGUGCAAGCUUUUGGAUAAAAUGACAACUUCUUUUUGGAAGAGGAGGAACUGGUAUGUCAAUGAUCCAUACCAGAAGUACCACGAUCGGUACAACCUCAAAGUGUGAUUUGCUGAUUCAUGUAGUGGCAUCGUCGAACAUGAAUGUACUGAUGUGAUAUAUAUAU